AUCCCUUUCAGUGUGGCAUCGUCCGCCAGUCGUGUCGCCCGCGCUCGCCGCCUCGCGCGUUCCGAAACCACCCCGUGACGAACUUCUUCCAUAUGGUGUAGUGUCGUGGAACAAAAUGUUCAUUCUCUUCGUUCUACUGACUGUGUACUUGAUAACGUUAUGCCAUGGUUGAAUGAUUAUUGGUGACGUCUCGCGGAAUUGACGCUGCGGUGAAUGUUUUCAGCAGUGUUGGUGAGUUUCAACGGAAUAUUGGAGGUUCUACAGCUUUGGACAUUGAUUAAAUGGCGCCUAUCAUGUCUAGGUCACAUAAAUCAUCCAAAUGAGCUACAGCUGUCUUGAAUAUUCGGAACUCGAGGAGUUGGGUGAGCAGCUGCCGAGGUACCGGCCGGACUCAAUAGCAGCGCUGCGGCGCGCCACGCGCUUCACCGAGCCUGAACUGAAGCGGCUUUACCGCGGGUUUAAGGCAGAAUGUCCCACGGGCGUGGUGAGGGAAGACACCUUCAAACUCAUAUACUCACAGUUCUUCCCGCAAGGAGCAAACACCGCUCAAUACGCACAUUACGUUUUCAACACACUGGACCAAGACAGAAGUGGCUUAUUAAGUUUUGAGGAAUUUGUGACUGGCUUAUCAAUUCUAUCAAGAGGCACAUUAGAAGAAAAACUGCGAUGGACAUUCUCUCUGUAUGAUAUCAAUGGAGAUGGUUGCGUUACUAAAGAAGAGAUGACUGAGAUCGUCACUGCAAUAUAUGACCUCAUGGGGAAGAUCGUUGAGCCUGUCAUAGAUGAUGAUGCCGUACGAGAGAAGGUUGAAAGACUGUUUCAGAAGAUGGAUUUGAAUCGCGACGGCGUGUUGACUCUGGACGAAUUCCUCGACUGUUGCCUGCGAGACGAAGAAAUCUCGAGAUCGAUGGGUGUCUUCGACAGCAACUUCUGACGGCCCGCGGUCCGCGCACGGCUCCCAUGCCGCGCUUCAUGAUCUCUCACAAAACCAUAUAUACAGUAGGAUACGUACUCCAAACGAACAUUAUUAAUACGAUAUUUUAACAUUCAAACAGGUUAGGACCUUUUUCCAGCUUAAUAAAACCAGUUAUGUUGAUUGUAUCGUUAUAAACUUAACCUACUUUGGCGUUUUAUAAUUUGUUGCUUCUGUAAAUUGUACUUGUUACAUCUAGGUCUCGUUUCUGCCUAGAAAAUUAUGCCUCCCAUGUCAAGUAAAUCAUGUCUCAAAUGAUGUGAUAAGCGUUUGUAGUUGCUAGACACCUAUUACAUCCACGGUCGCUAGUUCAUUCUUCAUAGUUAUAACAACGCCUGUUACAAUGAUGUUGACAUCCUGAGCACAAUCCGGUACUUAUAGAUACCUACUACCUACCAAAUAUAUCAGACAGGCAUAAUACCCACUAUACCUUUAAUACAUAAAGUAAAAUACCCACAUUAAAAUUUUAAAUAAAAUUACAUGCAGUUAAUUUCAAAAUUUUUUUUGGUGUUUGAAGAUACAAACGAGGCAUUAAAUAUCAAAUUAGGUAAAUCCAUGACAGCUACAAACGCAGAAACGCAUAAAUUCAAUUGCGAAGAUGGUCAAGUAUGUACCGAAAUAAAAUGUUUAUUGAAAUAAUUACAUGACAAAAUUCAUAUCAUUUGAAUUUAAAUUGCGCGUACACCGAGCUGUAAUAAAUGAAAAAAGACAGCAUUGUAAUGGAUAUAGCCCCAAAUAAAAAAAAUUAGACAAACUUUCCUUUCCUUGCAACUUUUUCUCUAGUUAAAAUAAUGUAUUUCUAUUUAUAAUAUUGAUGGUAGACCUAACAUUCCUUUAAUAUUAAAAUGAUGAUGUACUGUUGUGAAAUGCAUUUUAUGCCGAAAUGCUCACAGUACCAUUAAUUUUACACAAGUGUCUUUAAUAAAUCACCUUCAUAGAUAGAAACGGUUUACCGUAUUCGUCUUUGAUCAUUCAUAUUCUAACUGUACGCCCUUAUUAGUAAGAUGUCUUAACUUCUAGUUAUAAAGUUCUUUUAGAAUACUUACGUCAGAAACAAGGUCUUAAGCUAGUGACUAAAAGUCUUCGGAAUUCUGUAAAUUGUAGUUAUAUGGCUACUGUCUAUAAAUCUUAAAUUUGUCGUUGAAAAAUAUAGGUACUUAUAAAUAUUUUUAAUUACUAUCAAAUUGCUUGGAACUUUUUACAAAUUAAAAGGACAAAUAUCUAUCUGUCAUGAAAUCAACGUUAAAUUUAUUAUCUAAAACUAUCAUCCACAUUGCUUUAUCAUCCCUCAAGCUAUGGCUUCUUAUCGUUUUUAUUAAAAUCGUUCCGGCCAUUUUUAAUAGAAUGUAGUAUAUAAUAAUUUAUUGAAAGUGGUUUACCUGCAUCUACCACAAUAUACUUAGACCUUAUAAUUUUGAUAAUGGCAUCGACUGAUUAUCCGCAGCAAAUAGGUACCAUGUCCUUAGAAAUCCCAUAAUGAGAUUUAUCCCCAUAAGUUGGCCUAAGAUAAUUUUGAAUUUGUACCCACAUACUCUAAUAAUAUAAUAAAUUGGACAUGAAAACACUGCCAUAUCAUAAAAUUGUUCGAAUUGAACAUAUUUUACCUACCUAUACUAACUCAUUCAUUGUUCGCUUCUCAUUUCCCUGUCGCCGUGACAAUAAUUUGAAAAUUCCUGUACAAUAUUAAUCUAUUCUAUAUUUUACUUAUAAUAUGUAGACGUUCUUUUAAUCCAAUGGAAUAAUAUUUUUAAAUCCAAAUUACUUAAAUCUCGUCAAAAAUCCUUAUCCCUGCAAGAGUAUUUUCGAAACUAUCACUCAUUUAUGUAUAUAUAUAAUUGUAAAUAGUUAAUAAAAUAGAUUUAAAUGUGUAUAUUUUCAUAGUGAAUGUUAAAUGGAACCAAAUAAUUAGAUGGCGUAUUUAACCACUAUUUAAUUAAAAAAGAUAAACUAGAUAAAUGAAAAAUCAUGCAUGUGACGGUAAAUAAAUGGUUAAUUCAAUGUGAUUAUAAAAGUGAUGAAACUUUAAAUUUGUUUAAAAAUUAAAAUAACUGGCAUAUUCGCUAGAAACCCAAGAUGCAGUUAAAAUUGAUGGAGUAACUGAAUAACUAUUUUCCCGUGAAUGUUGUAAUAAAAUUUAUUUAUUCAUCGAGCUUAAAAUAGAUAAGAAUGUUUGUGUGUCUUCCCAAAAUAGAACCAUUAAUUUUGAAAAAUGUAACUUCCAUAAAUCUUGAUAUUCUUACAAAUAAAUAAUGACGUCUCGUACAUAAAUUAUGCAAUCGUUUAGAAGUAGUUAUGUAUGUACAAGUACGUAUUAACUCUACCUACUUACGUCCGAUACAUUUUAACUUACUCUUUUACUUCAUUUCGAAAAACAGUGAGCAUAGAUUAAGAAAUGAGUCUUAUGAUGUUUAGAAGUUUAAACUAUGAGCAUAAAAGAGUUGAUUAUAUUUUAUUUAGCCCUGUAGUAAUUUCAAUUAGGUUAAAUUAAUCAUUUUAUUGUAUCAAAUUAUUUGAGUAGGUAUUAAAUUAAAUUAUUUUAUGUGGUAUUUUAAAUUAUGUAAGAAUCCAUCAUAUUAUACAUGUGUACUGGAAUGUAAUUUAUGUUAAUAGUUGUAUUAUACUUGUCUAAUAAACCAGUAAUUUAUUCGUGCCAAAGCUUGAAAAAACGCAACCUUAAAUACAAAUAUGCAAACUUACAACGGCUAUCUGUUAAGUAUAUUGUGUAUUGCUUACAAGAUAAAUUAAGUACUUAAUUACAUAAAGAUUUCAUCUUUAUAUUAUUUCAUGUUCAUGAUAGGCCUAUUAGGUGAAUAAAUUAAUAUAUCGAUUUUGUCGUUUUAAGAUCCGUGUAAACUAGAUAAAAUCUACAGGUACUUGGUGUUAGUUAUUUUAGUGUAGAGGCUGUAUCGUCCUAAAGGACUUACAUGUCAAACUCACAGUGCUUUAUUUCUUUUAAUCAAACAAAUAAAUCCACUAAUUAUCAUUUCUAAUAUAUUAAUUACACAGAUGUUCGUUGGAAAUAAAUUACAUAUCAGUCAGUCGGCAUUUUUAAUAUUUGGUUUUCGAAUUUUUCGUCAGUACUCGCCGUCUAACUUGCAGAAAA